GGGUACAACUAUUCAUCGCUAAAUUAACUGUUUACAUACAUAAUUAUCCAGAAACUCGUGGAUUUCCUUCCUCAUCCAAAAUGGGCCAGGGCAAGAGCCAAUUCACUGAGGAGGAGCUUCAAGAUUACGAGGACCUCACUUACUUUACGAAGAAGGAAGUGUUAUAUGCCCACACUCGGUUCAAAGCCCUGGCUCCGGAGAAGGUUGGCCACAACAAGAACGCCAAGCUCCCGAUGGCCAAGAUACUCCAGUACCCAGAGCUCCGAGUCAACCCGUUCCGAGACCGGAUCUGCAAAGUGUUCAGCUCGAGCAGCGAUGGAGACUGCACUUUUGAGGACUUCUUGGAUAUGAUGUCGGUGUUCAGUGAUAAUGCUCCGAAAGCGGUGAAGGCUGAGCAUGCUUUUAGGAUUUUUGAUUUCGACGGCGACGACAUGAUCGGCGUCUCCGACCUUCGCGAAGUAAUCGAGCGGCUCUGCGGCCCCGAGCUACAGCUGACCGACUCGGAGCUGCAGCAGCUGGUGCAGAACGUUCUGGAAGAAGCCGACUUGGAUGACGAUGGCGCGCUCAGCUUUGCCGAGUUUGAGCAUAUUAUUGAUAAGAGCUCGGAUUUUACGCAAACGUUCCGGAUACGACUGUAACGAAACAGCAUCGAAAAAUGUCUUCCAAAAAUGUUGUCAACUUAAACUAUUAUCACCUACUUUAAGAAUAGUAAAAUAAGCGCUCGUAUC